AUGGUCUACCACGAGGUGCUGUUUGCCCUGCUCGGGCAUCCUGGAUCGAUAGUCUGUGAAGCAGAGGAUGAGAGCAACAAGGGCUACGUGGUCAACAAGCACGCCAAGUUCCUGGCGGACAGUGAAAAGGUGAAAUGGGAGCUGCUCACUCGUAUCGCUGCGAUAGGAUACAACUACUCGGUGAUCAACUCCUUCAUCAAAGAUGUACAGCAAAACAUGGAGGAGGAAAAGCCCAAGGACGCGAAUCACAAAGGGCUCUACUUGAGGGCGUUUGUUUCAGGGCUGAACGAGAUGUUGGACGUGUACCGGUCGACAGUGCUGCGGGUGGAGCAGGCCUUGAUCGAGGACCCUGGCCUGUCGCUGACCUACUUGCUGUCGGAGGCUGCAGACUUUGAGAUCUUGUUUCCCUACGUCAAGACGCUGAUCCAAGACAUCGGCAAGCUCAAAUCCCACGGCUGCCAGAUGCUCGACCUUGUCUCGAAGCACUCCUGCAGCGGCAUCUCGGUUGUCCAGUAUGCGCUGGAGAAGGUCCUUGGGAGGAUGAACAUCGUGCUCUACAGCCAAGUCAGCGCCUGGAUGAUCUAUGGGAUCCUCAGCGAUCCCCAUGGGGAGUUUUUCAUCUCCCCGAGGCAGAGGAGGGUGGAGGAGAGGCAGCUAACGGGAGGCACGAGCCACCAGAGGAUGUCGGGGAAGCACCACGAGGACCAGCUGUUCGAGCUGAACCUCAGAAUGAAGCCUGGAAUCCUGUCAGCCGUCAUGCUCGAGAAGAUCUUGUUCUGUGGGGUGGCGAUGAGGGUCCUGAUGCAGCCCAACACUCGCCCCGAGGAUCGGCCUGAGGCCGAGCAGAUCGGCAGGUUCAACGGUCAGAUGAAGGCGAUCAGCAAGGAAGGCUCAUUUCACCGUAAUAAGUUCGAGUCGCUAGUCGACGAGGUUCACCAGUACCUCUCCAAGCGCCUGUGGCGGCUGGUGGUGGAGCGGGCUCGGCUGCCGCUGCACUUCAAGGCCUUGAAGGACUACUUCUUGCUCGCCCGCGGGGACCUCUACCAGGCCUUCAUCGAGAACACUAGGGGCCUCCUGUCCCUCCCUGCCUCUGACACCGCCGAGCAUGACGUGAACGAGCCGUUUAGGCGAGCAGCGCUGCUGAGCUAUGCGGAUGAGGACGAGAUGUUUGCUCGAACGCGGCUGGUCAUCGGGACCUUGCAAGAACAAGAGAAGGUACAAGGGGACAAGGGGGAGCAAGGGGAAGAGGAAGGGCUUGACAAGCUGCGAAUGGCCUACGAUAUGGAGUGGCCUCUCUCGACUCUGCUCUUCACACCGGAGGUCAUGAAGCAGUAUAACAUCCUGUUCUCCUUCCUCCUCCGCGUCAAGCGCGCGCAGGCUGAACUGCAGUUCGCAUGGCACCAGACGCAGAGCGGGAGGUACGGGAGAGCCAUCAGCAGCGUGCUACACAAGGCGUCGAGCUCGGGAAGACACAUGGUGAACCUGUGGACGGUGAGAGCGGAGAUGGCGUUUCUGGUCAACAACUUGCUCUACUACCUGCAGUGCGACGUGCUCGACGCGCAGUUCGAGAUCGCAAGGAACGUGAUCAGGUCCAGUGACGACUUCGAGACCAUCCGAGCGGCGCACGUGACGUUCCUCGAGAGGAUAUCCUCUGACUGUCUGACGCGGAACAAGCUCGCAUGGCAGACUGUCAACAUCCUCCUGAAGAUUGCGCUGAACUUCGCCCGACGUAUGUCGCAGUGGAAGACGGUAGAGAAGGGGAUCGUGUCUAGCGCAGAGAGCAGGCAGAAGUUCACACUGGGAGAGGCAGGAGUAGGAGGAGCUGAAGGUAAUGGUGGGGUUGGGAUAGGUGGGCUGUCCUACUUGGGAUGUCCGAUCACGGUGAAUGGGGAGCUUAACGUCAUCACAAACUUCAGCGAGGAGGACAGGGAAGUGACUGUGUACAAGCCGCUCAAGACUUCAGUGUCAGGGGACAUGGAGCCUUGUGCCGAGGACCUCAUCGGAGCCCGAUACUCCAUCGAGGCUCCUUCAGUGACAGGAGAGGAGCUGUCGGAGAUCAGGCUGAGGUUCCAACGCAACGCCCUCCUCCUUUUCACCGUCUUGAAGACUUCACAAGCGCACACGACGCCAGUCCUCUCCCAGCUGCUCCUGCGGAUGGACUACAAUGGGUUCUUCGAGCAGAGCAAGGCCAAGUGGCAACAAACAACUUCCAGAUGA